UCGGUCGUAAACAAUCACAGCAGUUCCAAAGUUCAGUUAUUCCCACUGACCCAACAGUGGCCGGAUGGUUUCACUCUGCAAGAGCAGAACCGGGGUUCAACGACAUGGCGCUGAAGGGAUUAAAGGUGAUCGAGUUCGUCGGGCUGGCCCCGGGACCGUUCUGUGGCAUGCUGCUGGCCGACUUUGGCGCCACCGUUACGCGGAUUGACAUGAACCCACGUAACUCGCUGGACGUACUGCAGGGCGGCAAGCGGUCGCUUGCCCUAAACCUGAAGCAACCGAAAGCGAUCAACGUGGUCCGUUCGCUGUGCCGCAGUUCGGACGUGCUGAUUGAACCGUUCCGUCCGGGUGUGAUGGAAAAGUUCGGUCUCGGACCGACCGUCCUGCUGUCAGACAAUCCACGGCUCGUAUACGCUCGGCUGACGGGGUUCGGCCAGACAGGCACGCAUGCGGCCCGUGCUGGCCAUGACCUGAACUAUGUUGCCCUUUCGGGGGUGCUGUCGAUGCUGGGAAGGAAAGAGAACAAACCAACAGCACCGAUCAAUCUGCUGGCGGACUUUGCCGGCGGUGGGCUGAUGUGUGCGUUCGGCAUUUUGGCGGCGCUCGUCGAGCGGCACCACUCGGGCAAGGGGCAGAUAGUGGAUCACGCGAUGGUGGAAGGGGCGGCGUACGUUGGCAGCUGGCUGUACCGUUCGCAGAGUUUGCCCGUUUGGGGUAAGGCGCGCGGCGAGAACAUUCUCGACGGUGGAGCCCACUUCUACGACACGUACGAAACGAAGGACGGCAAAUUCGUGUCCGUUGGAGCUAUUGAGAACAAAUUUUACCGGUUGCUGCUGGAGGGACUUGGGCUGGAUCCGGAUUUGCCACAGUUUGAGGAGGAGGAGCAGAGACGGCAACUGUUCGAGAGGACGUUCCGGACGAAAACGCGCGACGAGUGGAUGGAAAUCUUCAACGGUAAGGAUGCGUGCGUCUUUCCCGUGCUAACGCCGGACGAGGUUGAAACUUAUAAGCACAAUCGCGAGCGGAACGUGUUCGUCGACUACCGGCAGUCGGAGGGCGAUGUGUUGGUGCCUACGCCAGCACCGAAGCUAAGCCGUACGCCAGCCCGCUCCGGUGCGACUGCGGUGGAACGGGGCGAGCUGGAAAUGGCGGAAGAAAUACUGGGCGAAAUCGGCAUCGAUCGAGAAGAACUGGUUAAAUUGUACGAAGACGACAUUCUACUGCUUUCCAACAGACCAAAGAUGUGAUACAGAGCGGAUUGUUAGCUGUGGCCAUUUGAACUAUUAUUUUUGGAAGGAUUUUUUGACUAGGGAUGUUUAAUGAAGGUUUUAAAAAAUUAACAACAAC